AGUAAAACUAGAGAUGGGUUUUUGUGCGACUCUGUUUCUCCUCUUCUUUGGAUGCUUCCUCUGCUCCGGGUUCCCACUGCGUCAUUACCACUAUGUGCCGCUGCCGAUGAACUGGGCCAGUGCUCAGAGCUACUGCAGAGAGCAUUACUCCGACCUGGCGACCUUCAUGAGCGCCGCUGACAUACAGACGCUGAACGCCGAUUUUCUCUAUCAGUGGGCGUGGCUGGGCCUGAGGGACGGCCCUGAGCCCAGUGACACCUGGAGAUGGUCAUCGACCGGUGAAACCAGCAGAACUGGUUAUCAACCCUGGCGAAACGGUCAACCGAGUGACAGAACUGUAGAGAACUGUGUGAGGAUGUACCGGAGUGGACAAUGGUACGAUGGGCCUUGUAAUGAAGAAAGAUAUUUUGUCUGUUACAGUGCAGAGGGGGGACACCAUCCUCGAACAUACCACUACAUCGAACUUUCGAGAACUUGGUAUGCUGCUAUGGAAUACUGCAGAGAUUACUACACAGACUUGGCCGUAAUCGAGAACCAAGAGGAAAUCUCUGAGGUCAUAAGCUCCAUGACGACACCGCCCUCUUCCAGUGGGUUCUUCAUCGGACUGUACCGAGGACCGUGGACGUGGUCCGACAUGUCUCAAAGCUCCUUUAGGAACUGGAAGACGAUGAGUUUAGUAAACUUCAUUGGCAACGGGUCCUGCGCGGUGGAGAAUCAUCUCCACGAGUGGAGCUACUUACCCUGUGAGGACAAGUACCCGUUCAUCUGUCAAGAAGUUCCAAGACAGAAGACGGUGUUGAGGAUGAAGGUCGAGACUGAGGCGGACCUGACGGAUCCAGCUGUUAAUGCCCAGAUCCUCCAGCAGCUCAAUGCAGCGCUCACAAGUCAGACAGGGAUCAACUUCACUCUGCGGUGGAAGGUUCAGCCCUGAAAACCAGAGCCAACCCGACUGACGGACCCCGUCCCACCGUCCACCUGGAACGGACCCGCAGACCUUUAAACGCUCUCCGGCAAACUUUCUUAACCCUUCGGACGCACUUUGGAAACGUUGGCACUUCUACAGACUUAGCUAAAGGGGAAAUUACCCACAGUUCAUAGCGUUGUAAUAUAGAAGGAGCCACCAAUCUCUACAUCAUAACUAUAAACACGUAGCUCUGUGCUAAUUUUAGAAUUUGUUUAGCAAGUCGUCCUGAUCCUUGGUAAUUUAAAACUCUCCCCUCGUCCACUCUGUAGAAAAAGUCUGGAACUUUAUGUCAGACCGUCGAUUGGGUCUUUCAGCCCUCGCUGAGUCAUCAGGCUCAUAUCACAUGACUCCCUUUCGGAGGAAAACCACCAAUCAGCUCAUUCUAUUAAAGCCACACCCAUACCGCAAUCUUUUCAAACUAAAACCUUCCUCUACAUUUGUAUCUUCUAAUACAAUUCUAACAUUUGAAUGUAGCAACAUAUCAAAAUAGACGUUCAAGAGAGAUAAAUAUAAAUCAUUACAAAAUAUAGAAAGUAGUGGAAACAUUUGACUGCAUCAACAAAGUUGUCUGUGAUUUCUUACAGAGGAGCAGAGUGAGUGUGAUGAAGGUUGGCCCAAGGUCGUCCGUGAGCAGUUGUGAAGAUCCCAGUCAAAUCUGUGUUUGUGGUUUAUCUCCGGCCACCAAACCAGACAUGACUGAUAUAAGCAAAUCUGAGAUUUGAAUCAAAUUCAAAUGAUCUUACACGUCCUCCGUGAGAAACACAAUCCUGCCGGGAAAUAAAAUCAGUUUGCAUUUCAUUUGGA